AUCUAUAUGCUAUGAUUUCUACACUCUCAGUUCUUCAGGUGUUUGCAUCGGACACAUACACUGCAGCAGUGUAUGAGCAUGCUGUUAUUCUGCCAGAUGUCACUGACAAGCCUGUGUCUCUUGAUGAAGCUUUGGUACUGAUGAACAGAAAUAUAGAUGUUUUGGAAGUAGCCAUCAAAGAAGCUGCCCAGCAGGGGGCACACAUCAUCGUGACUCCAGAAGACAGUGUUUAUGGCUGGAACUUCACAAGGGAAACCCUUUACCCUUACCUGGAAGAUAUCCCAGAUCCACAGGUGAACUGGAUUCCAUGUACCGAUCCCCAAAGAUUUGCUCCUGCACCAGUGCAAGAAAGACUCAGCUGUUUGGCAAGGAACAACUCCAUCUAUGUAGUGGCAAAUAUAGGGGACAAGAAACCCUGUAAUUGCAGUGAUCCCAAGUGCCCCAGAGACAGUCAUUAUCAGUACAAUACUAAUGUUGUCUUUGAUUCACAAGGGAAGCUGGUGGCACGUUAUCACAAGUAUAAUCUAUUUAGGUCAGAAACACAGUUUGAUUACCCUAAAGAGCUGGAAAUGGUCACCUUCAACACAUCUUUUGGGAACUUUGGCAUUUUCACCUGCUUCGACAUCCUUUUCCAUGACCCAGCUGUUGUCCUAGUGAAAAAAUUACAUGUAGAUACUGUGUUGUUUCCAACAGCUUGGAUGAAUGUUCUGCCAUUUUUGACUGCUAUUGAAAUCCACUCAGCUUGGGCUAUGGGGAUUGGUGUCAACCUUCUAGCAUCUAACACACACAAUACCCUUAUGGCUAUGACAGGCAGUGGUAUCUAUGCACCAGAUGGGCCCAGAGCAUAUCAUUAUGACAUGGAAACGGAGAACGGUCAUCUCCUAACUACACAAUUGAGCUCACACCCUCAUCUUUCUCCCACCUAUCCUGCUGCUGUCAAUUGGAGCUCAUAUGCUACAAGCAUCAAACAAUUCCAUGUAGAUAAAAAUACUUUUAUGGGAGCUGUUCACCGUGAUAACUUCACCUUCACUGAACUCAUUACUAUAGCAGGAAAUCAUACAGUUUGCCAGAAAGACCUUUGCUGUCAUUUGAUCUAUAGAAUGGUAGAGAAGAGAGAAGAUGAAGUUUAUGUACUGGGUGCAUUUGAUGGACUUCAUGGCUCUGUUAUAAAAUAUUACUGGCAGAUAUGCACACUCCUGAAGUGUAAAACAAUGGAUUUAAAAACUUGUGGACAGCCAGUAACAACUACCCAGACCAGGUUUGAGGCAUUCUCCCUCAGUGGGACAUUUGGGACUAAGUACGUGUUUCCAGAAGUCUUGCUCAGUGGGGUUCGACUAGCACCAGGAGAAUUUCAGGUAUUAAAUGAUGGACGUUUGAAAAAUAAUAAUGGCCCAGCUAAGCCAAUCCUAACUGUGACACUGUUUGGGAGGUAUUAUGAAAAGGAUCCACCACACCCACUAUGGAACUCCCCAUAAUGUCAUUACUGAGAUUUGACACCACUGCCAUCAUCAAAUGAAACUUUUUUCGUAAUGCAUCCUGUCCUUAAGAAAAUGGUAGAAAUGUUUUGAUUGCUAUCCAGGAGAAGAAAGGAGUUCAAUUAAAAAAAAAAUUCUUAUUUGUGAGCAUUUAUUUCUAUUAUCCUAUAUACAAAAUGCAUGCUUGAGACUGCUGGCAGUGUCCUUACAUCGUACCAAAAACACAUGAACACUUAAUGAAAAAAAAUGUGACUGGGGAUAAAAGAGAAUAAAUUAAG